AUGGGUGAUGUCAACGCUGCAGACGGCCAGUUCGGCCAGCUGAACGGCAGGAAGAAAAUCAUCCUAAACGCAUUUGAUAUGUCCACUGUGGGACAUUUGUCUCCUGGGCAAUGGAAGAAUCCAACCGACAAGUCAGCCACGAAGCGAAAGCUUGGCUAUUGGAUCGAGCUCGCGAAGCUGCUGGAACGGGGAGGUAUUAAUGCCGUCUUCCUGGCCGAUACUUACGGCGGUUAUGAUACCUACGAGGGCAAGCUCGAUGAAUGUAUCCGGCGCGCAGCCCAAUGGCCCGUCACAGACCCAACCAUUCCCAUCUCUGCAAUGGCAGCCGUGACCAAAAACCUCGCCUUCGCAAUCACUGCGUCGACAUCAUUUGAGCCUCCUUUCCUCCUCGCAAAACGAUUUUCGACAUUGGAUCAUAUGACGGACGGCCGGAUCGGUUGGAACAUCGUCACUUCAUGGAAGAAGGCUGCCUUCAAGGCUAUUGGCUUGGACUCUCCAAUUGAGCACGACGAGCGGUACCGUCAAGCAGACGAAUACCUUCGCGUGCUAUACAAGCUCUGGGAGGGAUCAUGGGCUCCGGAUGCUGUCUCCCCGAACCCUGAAACGGAUUCCUACGCCGACCCUGACAAGAUCCGUCAAAUAAACCACAAGGGCAAGUACUUCUCUGUCAACUCGCGCCACAUUGUCGACCCAUCGCCGCAACGUACACCGUUCCUGUUUCAGGCGGGCACAUCAGCGGCAGGAUCAAGCUUCGCAGCCACUCAUGCAGAGGGAAUCUUUGUGUCCGCACACUCACCAUCCGUCCUUGCUCCCAAGAUUGCUGCUAUCCGUAAGCAGGCUGCAGAGCUCGGCCGCGAUCCGCAAUCGAUCAAAUUCUUCUCGACGUUUACCCCGAUCCUCGGGCGCACCGAUGAAGAAGCGCAGGCAAAGUAUGAAGAGCUGAAGAAGUAUGCCUCAGUCAUCGGAGGACUCGUCUUGUUCAGCGGAUGGACAGGCAUUGAUGUCUCCAGACUGCCCCUGGACCAGGAUAUCACGGCUGCUGACUCCCUAGAGGCCCACAAGGUCACCAGCACCCUCCACAGCUUUACUACCACGAGUGAAGAUGUCCCACGAUGGACUCCUCGGGUUGUCGCCGAGAAAGCUGCCAUUGGCGGCUUGGGACCAGUUAGUGUAGGAACACCCGAAAAGGUCGCAGAUGAGUUGGAACGUUGGGUCAGGGAGGCAGACCUAGACGGAUUCAAUAUUGCGUAUGUUACCACGCCCGGAACCUUUGAGGAUGUCGUGAACCUCUUGGUACCAGAGCUUCGUCGACGGGGUAUCUACUCUGAAGCGCCGCAGGAGGGUUUAACAGCGCGCGAGAAGGUCUAUGGGGUCGGCCAGGCCGGGCUGAGGUCCGAUCAUCCAGGCAGCCAAUACAAGUAUGAUGUGUAUCAGGAGGAGCCGCCGUAUGAGGGCGACUGA